AUGGGUCGUUCUUUUUUUCGUAAACUGCUUGAUGAUGACUCAGAUGAAGAUGAGAUAAUUAUAAAACUUCUCACGAGUUCGACAUCACAACGUAAGCAUCGUCGGUAUAUCGAACGUAAUCAUUUGGCAGGCCAUAGAAGGCUUUAUGAUGACUACUUUGCCGAAGAACUAGUAUAUCCUCUCAACUUAUUUCAAAGGAGAUUUCGAAGGAGACGUUCUCUUUUUCUCCGAAUCUUAUCUAGGGUAGAAGCUCAUGAACCUUACUUUACCCAAAAAAGAAAUGCUGCCAAAAAGCUUGGUCUAUCUCCCCUUCAAAAGAUGAUCGCUGCACUUAGGAUGCUUGCUUAUGGAGUAGCGGCUGAUUUUAUGGAUGAAUAUGUGAGAAUAGCAGAAACCACUGCAAUAACUAAUUUGAAAAAAUUUGUUGCAGCAGCGGUUGCUAUUUUUUCAGAGGAAUACUUGAGGUCACCAAACAAUGAAGACAUCGCUAGAUUGUUAGCCCAUGGCCAAAAUCGUGGAUUUCCAGGCAUGUUGGGAAGUAUUGAUUGCAUGCAUUGGAAAUGGAAAAAUUGUCCAACUGCAUGGAAAGGGAUGUAUUGUGUUCAUAUUCGUGAGUCAAGUAUUAUUUUGGAAACAGUGGCUUCAUAUGAUCUUUGGAUAUGGCACUCAUUUUUUGGGUUACCUGGGUCAAACAAUGAUAUUAACGUGUUGAAGCGGUCUCAUGUAUUUUCUGAGCUUGCACAAGGACGUGCUCCUGCAGUUAAUUACUCAAUUGAUGGUGAUGAUUACACUAUGGGAUACUAUCUUGCCGAUGGCAUAUAUCUACAAUGGUCAACAUUUGUGAAGACAAUCCCAAGGCCACUAGGAGCAAAAAGAAAAUUAUUUGCAAAAGCUCAGGAGGCAUAUAGGAAGGAUGUAGAGCGUGUAUUUGGAGUGCUUCAAGCACGAUUUGCUAUUGUACGUGGACCUACACGGUUUUUCUAUCAUGAAACACUACAUGACAUUAUGAAAGCAUGCAUAAUUCUUCAUAACAUGAUUAUUGAAGAUGAGCGAGAUGAAGCUGAAGCAGUGGACUUAGAUUAUGAACAAAUUGAUGAGAUUUCAUGUACACCAAUGUCACGUGAGCCAACAAAUGAAUUUACGGAAUUCAUUCAAGUUCAUCAAUGCAUUAGGGAUCGAGAAGUUCAUUCUCAACUCCAAAUGAAUCUCAUUGAACAUUUAUGGCAAUUACAAGGAGAGUCAUGA